GGAACACUACGGAACAUUUUACCGGUCGUACACACGGUAACAUCCGGUUGUCAACAUCCCGGCUGUUAACGUUAGCUAUAGCGCUGUAGCCCCUCCAGUCCGCAGACUAGUGGAACAGAACAACUGUAUCAGAAUGGAUGGUGAAGAAAGGACCUAUGGCGGCUGUGAGGGACCAGAAGCCAUGUAUGUGAAGUUGAUUUCUUCAGAUGGCCACGAGUUCAUUGUGAAAAGAGAACACGCUCUGACAUCCGGGACUAUCAAGGCCAUGCUGAGUGGUCCAGGUCAGUUUGCUGAGAACGAAACUAACGAAGUCAACUUCAGGGAGAUCCCCUCUCAUGUCCUCUCCAAGGUCUGCAUGUACUUCACCUACAAGGUCCGCUACACCAACAGCUCCACAGAAAUCCCCGAAUUCCCCAUUGCUCCGGAGAUUGCACUGGAACUGCUCAUGGCGGCUAACUUCCUGGAUUGCUAAAGUUGCUGAGUUAAAUGCAGUAGCCGAUAACACUUUUAGAUGGUUUUGACUAUUUAACUUGUUUUGCCAUAAAAAAAAGAAACCAUGUUGUUUUUGCAUCAGGAUAUCAGUCAUUGUUUUGAGUAUUAAAGGAUUUUGUUUUAAUAUAAUGUAUGACUAACGGCAGGCUGCAUUGCUUCCCCGGAAUGUGACAAAAGUGUCUCUUCUACCGCGUUUCUUCCCUGCCCCCAGUCUUAUUAAAGACAUGUUUGGAUGGAGUGUA